ACUCAUCCAAGGCAGCACCGCCGCUCACGCAGCCGCCUCCUGUCCUGUCGGCUUCGUCGUCUCCAUGGAGUAGCCAUCGCGUCCCCUGGACUCUUGGCUUCCGGCGAGAUCCUCGACCAACUAGUGUUGAACCAAACACCAGCAUGUCACCGGCAGUGAGCAGGCUGCAUAUAAACGGGAGGCUGUACGUAGAUGGCAUGGCACCAGGCACCGGCGACGCGGACCUCCGCCGCCACUUCGGUCGCUACGGGGACGUGGCCGACAUCUGCAUUCCCACGCACCGCCUCACUGGCCAACCCCGUUGCUGCGCCUUUGUCCAGUUCUCUAGUCCUCGUGACGCUGGGUGCGCCCUCGCCGACCCACACCAUGUCAUCAACGGCCGGGAGGUGUACGUUGCAAGGGCACGGCCAAGACAUUUAGAAGAAUCGAGUGUGCCCCGUGUCCAACCAAACAACAGCAUGACACCAGCGAUGAGCAGGCUGCAUAUAAACGGGAGGCUGUACUUAGAUGACAUGGCACCAGGCACCAGUGACGCGGACCUCCGCCGCCACUUCGGUCGCUAUGGGGACGUGGCUGACAUCUUCAUUCCCACGUACAGCCUCACGGGCCAGCCCCGCUGCUGCGCCUUUGUCCAGUUCUCUAGCCCCGAUGAUGCUGGCCGCGCCCUCGCUGACCCACACCAUGUCAUCAACGGCCGGGAGGUGUACAUUGGAAGGGCAGAACCAAGACAUUUAGAAGAAUCGAGUGUGUGCCAGUACAAGCCUCUCUGCAAGCGGCAAAUCCGGGAUGGUCAAUGGCGUGGAUAUCGGGUUGGCGACAUCGGCAAGACAUCCUUCGGUCCGAUCGUGUAUGACUCCAUCAUAACAUAUAUCUCGGAGGAUGGUGUUGACUGUUGGUGCCUGCCAGUAACAAUGCACACUGAGAGCAAGUCUACCGGGUACGGGCCAAGAAAACAUUGAUAUGAUAUAUCUGAAAGACCGUAUGCAGUCUUCAUCAAGUGGCGAGCCUUCUACGAGCUUUGGCCAAUAUCGUUGAGGACUUCCAAGUUAUGACCCAUGGUGGUACAGUGACUCACUCGUGCGACAAGUCUCUGUACUCUUAAGAUUUUGCUAGUAGCCUCUUAGCUGAGUUAUUUCAUGUUCUGAGAUGUUGCUCUUGUGAAAACUGGUUACUAGUGUCCUCAAUUUCCCGUUGGAAUGUUUAUGUACUUUUGGCCCGUUUUCGUAAAAGCAAGGUAAUGAAGUUACUUUUGGUCCUAGAA